GUCUAUAUUUCAAACAGAAGUUCGGCAAUUGAAGAUAUUCAGCUCAAACAAGCACUAGUCAACUUCGUGACUCCUUUUGCUAUCGGAGAUGGCAAAACUCAGUUUGCUUUGGUUUCGACCGCUAUCGACUCUGAACUUUACGGUACAAACUUCCAUAACGGGCAAGACAGGCAAACGCUGAUCAACACCCUGAACACACUUUCUCAAGACGCAUCCCAAGGACAAACUCUCAAAUUAUCUCUUCAAGCCAUCAGCAACACGUUCCUCUCCAAGAACUAUUCAACAAGGAACAAGUUGAUCGUAUACAUCACAGCAACGACUAGCUGGGACACAGAUCCUAUCCAGUACAUGAAACAACUGUCACAAACCUAUGGCGUUAAAGCAGUGGCUGUGCAGUGGACAACGGGAGCAGAUCUGAGCUCGUUGGCUUCCUUCGCCGGUGGUUCUUCUUGUACUAAUUCAGCUGCAAAUCGAGCCAAUAUGGCUACUUGGCUUCAGACCAAAAUGUGCAGGUUCGUUGACGCAGAAUAUUGGCGAAACUAG